AUAUCUGUACAAUUUUACACGAACAUGAAACUCCGGUGGUAUAGUGCAAUACCGAUGACUUUAAAAUACCUACAGUAAUUUCCACUGACUUGUAAACAAGCGCGCUUUCCAUACUUCGACCGACCUCAUGGUUAGAAUAGCAACCCUGCCUUACUAUCGGCUGUACCAAUUCAACACUAUCCGACCAAUUGAAAAGAUUGCGGAAUUUGCAUCUGAGCAACCGCCAGACUCGACGAAGAUUGCGCAGGCUCUUGCAACAUGGAGAGGACGGAAACUCGCCGAGCUCCAAUUCAUUACUAUUGCUUGCACUGUUCUUGCAGCAGCCGUCAUCGGCUCUUUCUCCUGGACCACGAUAGAAGAAGCGCAUUGGCUCACACAUGGCUUUUGGCACAGCAGUCUGAUCUUCUCGGUCCUGGGGAUCCUUCUCUGUGCGUCAGAAGUCACUGUACUUCACCUGCUAGGUCCCGUGGAGACCCGCCCCAAACAUCACGAAAGAAGCGACUUCGAGAAGUACAAGCCGCUGUUGUUGUCUCGCUCUAACAAUCUGCGUGAACCGCAUUUUAUACCACGUAGGAAGAUGGUGUUCACUUGGCAAGGACCACUGAUGUUCAUGUCAUAUUCUGUGUGCACGUUUCUUGCGGGCCUAACAGUUCUGGUGUGUACUCCACUCAUACAUGGUGGGGCAGGCUGGACCGCGGGACAUAGUAUCGCAGUUAUGUACCUGACAGUCUUUGCAGGUGCAGGGGCUAUAUUCGUCUUCUGCUCCUUUUGGGUGUACCACUAUGUGGAGCUUGAACUCGAAUUCAAUGAGCAAGAGGCUGGCGGUGCAAGCCCCAGUCCAACAGACUCAUUAGGGUAUGGGAACAUGUUCAGUAUCUCCAUGGAAGGUGGACCUUCAAUGAGUGGCCCUGGAGCUCAAGAGUGGCGUCCACCAAGAAAGUCAAUAAGACACGACACAACUUGAUCCAAGCAUUCACGGCGUAGGUUCCGAGCAUCCGUGGCUCAAGUUUCGAUAAUUGCUGC